AUGAGCAUAUUACUCUGGAUCAUUGUGUUUUUCGACAUUCUCAUCGUCAAUGCGAAUAAAAGCUGCACGGCUUUCUUGUACCAAAAUAUCACGUGCGCCGACGAUGUGGAGAUACUAAUCGCGAUUGAUGAUGCAAAUUAUACACGCGAAGAGGCCCAGGAUGAUUUUAUCAAAAAUGCAAAGCACGUCGCAAAUACCACUGUCGCGAGGUGGUUGGACUACUUUACGCUGAGUGCCACUUUUCUGCAGAGCCUUAGCAUCGCCCAUGAAUCGUCAAAAAUUUGCGGCAAGAAGCAAGAUUCGUGCCAGCGUAUCGUUGAUGAAUUUGGAAAAUUUCGGACGGAUGCACAGCGCCCAGGAAACAUUGCAGACUUCAUCCAUGAUAUUCUCAUCUGGGGCGGUGAUCAAAAGCACAGAAACGUAAUCCUGAUUUUGUUCACUACUAACAACGAUCCUGCCGAUUUCCAAACGCACGCCCUGAAGGAAGUAUCUUGGAUGAAAGCCCUACACGUCGUCAAUUUACGCCAGGAUUUUCCGGAUUUAACAGAUUGGAGAAAGCCGGAUGGAAAGGUGAUUUGCUCCAUGGGAAUUACGCAAGACUCCCUAAUGACGGCACUAAUCGAUAUCAUUUGCGGGAAAGAGGUGGCUGAGCCGUUCCGGUGUCCGCUCAACAAUUCAUCUACCGCUUCAACGGCAAGCGCUACCGCCUCCUGGACUCCUUUGACUUCUGGGACCCCCGAAGCAACAACUCCUGAGCGAGAAACUACAGCUACCACAGUUCAACUACUUACGACAUCAACCGCAACUUUCUUAACGACAUCGAAGACAUCGACCUACAAUACCACAAUUCCUCAGCAACACACUACAUCUACCACUGUUGAAUCACUUACGACAACAUCUACGACUAUCCUAUCGACGUCUUCAACCUCGACCACGACCGAAGGCCCGACCGGAGGCCCGACACCUCCGCCCAGCCCCUCGAAGUGUAGUCAAAACCCAAGGAAUCUGUGGCUAGAUGUGAUUCUACUGGUUGAGGCAUCAGAUGCCGUUGGGAAUUCGACGUUUAUAGAGAUCGAAGCACUCCUAAAAUCCGCCUUCGAACAGCUACCACUCGGUUUAUCCCGUCGCAACGAGACGCGCGUUGCGGUCGCCGUGUACGCAGAUACGGUGAAAUGGAUGGGCCAACUUGGAGACUAUCGCAGCCCCAUCGAAUUUCAGUUCAAUCGCUGGCAAUAUUUGGGUACGGACGGAACUGAUAUGGAAGCAGCAUUCCGAACAGCGAAUGACGAAAUGGACACUUCCCGAUUUCGGCGCACCAACGCUCGAUCGGUCAUUCUUUUUGCGGCCGAGAAUUUCAGGAAACAAGGCGACGUCGACGAGUUUCUAGAAGAUGUCAAGACGUUCAAGGACAACGACGGGAUCAUCAUCGUCAUCAAUUUCGGCCAAGACCAUGAAUACGAGGCCCUGUUCCGCAACAUUUCCAGCGGCGGCUUUUACAUGAAGUUCAGCAACGAUUGGACCUCCUUCAUCGAGCAGUUGAAUACGUUGUUAUGCCAAGCGAACUGCUUCUGCCCGGGUCAGGUCGAGCUUAGCGGCGGAACUGUCUUUGAGCCGAUAAAUGGCCCGUAUCAGCGGGUACCGACCUUUGGAUGCUUCUGGAGAUCCGAUCUUCCAGCCCUGGAAACGCUGGCCGAACAGGCUUGCAAAGGUUUGGGUGGCGCCGAGCAUCGGACAGAAAUGGCCAUCUACAGAGAGCCGGAGCAGAUGGCGUGGAUACGGGAAACCCACAAAGACGACCCCGAAGCAACGUUUGCCGCCAUGCAGCUGGAGCACGGGAAGUGGAUCUGGUUUGACGGGGUGGAAUUUAACGGAGAAAUAAACGUGACCAACGUAAACGACAUCCACGCGACGUACGGCCCUAUAAAAGGCGAUACAACAAAUCAAGCCUGGGGUUUCGCCACCAUCGGCGAAAAGGCAGGAGCCAAAUAUGUCUGCCAGACGCGGGUGUGCGAUGCAGAGUUUUACUGUGAA